CGCAGGCCGAGUCAGGUGCUGCGCCGUCUGGCUGACACCCGAGACGACCGGGGCGUUUGGGCUGCCACGGACGCGCAGAACAGUCGGCCCCCGCCACUCGCCGGUCACGUGUGCCGCUCUUCCUGCUAGCAGCUGUCAUGGCAACCGGAGGAAGGCAAGACGGCCUUCGAUCGUCUGAAAAGCAACUCCCUGUCAUUUGUUCAUAUUUCAACAGCCCAAAAGGAUGUGACAGGGAGCGUUGUGCUGCUCUUCAUAUAUGCUAUCACUUCGUCACCAGUGAGUGCCGCUACGGAGAAAGGUGCCGUCUCACGCAUUCGUUGGAAACACCAGGAACACGAAACCGUCUGUUCAGAUUGGGAUGGACACCCGACCAAUAUCCAGACCUGCUGAGAAUGCUCCAGAUGAAGUACGCCCCCAAGAACAGGUUCACUCGGAGCCUCGUUCCGUCUGUCUGCUUUGCGUACAACUGCAACAGCUGCAAUAAUGGGGAAUGUCCGUUCGUACACCUGUGCUACCGCCAUGUCAUGGGCCGCUGUCCGGGCAGGCAGUGCAGGCAAACCCCGCCGCUGAGUCACAGUCUGGCCAACGCGCACAACGCCCAGAUACUGACAGCUUGCGGCUUGGGGGACGUAAUCUUCACAAAAGUCAUCAGUAGCCUACGAAACUGGCCACUGCGACCUCGGGUUUGUCGCCGGUACAACUCGAACGGGUGUACAUUGGCCGGUUGCAAGCAGCUCCAUUGCUGUUACUACUUCGCCCGCGGCAACUGCACUUACGGGGCCAGGUGCCGGCAUGAUCAUCAUCUGAACAGCUGGCAUAACAAAAUUGUUCUGGAGUUCUUUGGGCUCAACCCGUUUUACGCACUUUCUAUCGUUCGUGAGGAUAUCGAGACCGCUGGCAUUGCUGGAGUAGAAACCCAUCCAACUGCCCCCCUGUGCCCACCAUCUGGUGGUCACAUGCGUCGUUCAGUGCAACAAGAGAACGCAGAUCAAGGACAGGAAAUUCGAAAUGCUCAGGUUAUGGAUGAGAGGGACGAGGCGUUGCAAAGUUUUUCAAAGAUGGCAGAAAUCAAUCAAGAAAACGAAAUUAAGCUCAAAAUCGCAGAAAAGGAAAAAGAUGCUAUUCAGGUGGAGGCGGAACACAAAACACUGCUGGCUGAGGAACAAGGGCAGUUUUUUUCUAAAACAUAUGAAAAGCUUCUGGCGGAGCGAGACAGCCUUGAGCGAAGUUUGCUGGUCGCUGCUGAAAAUAGUUUUGAAUAUGAGAAUAUCGUAACCGGCUUAAACGAAAAGCUAUCAAGUUUGGAACUGGAUUUCGAGAAAACGCAGGACGAACGCCUGGCACAGAUUGAAGAACGUCGUAGCCUGCUUGAAGAACAUAAAAAGUUGCAAGAUGAACUGGAUCAGGAGCGUCGUAAGAGGAGAGAGGAGGAUCUAGCACGCUCCGAACAGCUGGAAAGCACACUCAUAUGCAGCGUUUGUUUGGAAAUGUUCGUCGAGGCAACAACGCUGGGCUGCGCGCACACCUUCUGCGGCAGCUGCGUUUCAUCAGUUGAGCAGGCGAAUGGGCUCUGUCCCAUGUGCAGGGCACCGAUUCGAACAAAAACGCGUUCGAUCACCUUGGAUGAGAUGGUGAGCAAAGCUUUGGAAACCAUGAGUGAGGACCGUCGCACCGCCCGACAGAUUCUGCUGAACGAAAGAGGCUAGUCUCGUCAGCUUAUGCUUAAGGGAAUUUAUAUAUGGUACUUUGAGCUCAACGAGACGUGCGCUGAAAUACACCAGUACUUUUGGG